AUGUCCAAGUCCGAUGGUGAUGUUGCACUCAAGAAUUGGGUUUGGAUCCCCAAUGAGAAAGACUUAUUCACCAAAGGAUACAUAGCAGAUUACCUUGAGAAUGGGAAAUGCAAAGUUUCCAUUGUCUCUCUUGACAAUAUUAACCAUGUCGAAUCAACCAUUGAAAUUGAACAAUCAAAGUUGGAGAAUUGUAAUCCCGUCAAAUUUAACAAAUGUGAAGAUAUGGCCGAGCUAACACACCUAAACGAGCCUUCGGUGGUGUACAAUUUGUAUUUGCGGUAUAUGGAUGAUUUGAUUUAUACAUAUUCCGGUUUAUUCUUGGUGGCUAUUAACCCUUACAAACUGUUGCCAAUUUAUGAUGAAUCAAUGGUACGAAAAUUUCGUAAUCAGCCCACAGAUAAGGAAUCACCGCAUAUAUUUGCCAUUGCUGAAGCAACUUAUCGCAACUUGUUGAGUAACAAGCGAGACCAGAGUAUCUUGGUGACUGGUGAGUCCGGGGCUGGUAAGACGGAAAAUACGAAAAAAAUCAUCCAAUACCUUUCAACCAUUACGACAGCGUCACUGAGAGAUACAGAUACUUCCAAGACAGAUAAUAUUGACGACAAAAUCUUACAAGCGAAUCCAAUCUUGGAAAGUUUUGGGAAUGCAAAGACAAUAAAAAAUAAUAACUCAUCGAGAUUUGGAAAAUUUAUCCAAAUUUAUUUUGACUCUGCUGGGGAUUUAGCUGGAGCUAAUAUUGAUUACUACUUAUUAGAAAAGUCAAGGGUAGUCCACCAAGCUGAGGAAGAGAGAAAUUACCAUAUAUUUUACCACUUUGUUAAAGGAUAUGAAAACUUGUCGAGUCUCGGAUUGAACAAAGAUGUGUCAACUUACGAGUACCUCAGUGGUGGAGUCACUAGUAUUGCCAAUGUUGAUGACUUCAAAGAGUUUAACCUACUUGUGGAGGCAUUUAAAGUAGUUGGAUUCUCAUCACAAGAGAUGCAAUUUAUUUUCCAGAUGUUGGCAAUUAUACUUCAUUUAGGUAAUUUGAAAUUUACGUCUUGGAACUCUGAGCAAGCUAGUUUUACCAAAGACUCGCCAAUUGACAAAAUUGCUGAACUUUUGGGAGUCGAUGCCUCCAAGUUGAGGGACAGUUUUUUAAAACCAAAGGUUAAAGCUGGUCGAGAAUACGUUACAAAAUCAAAAAAGGCAGGUGAAGUUAAAUUUGCAAUUGAUGCUCUAGCCAAAUACUUGUAUGAAAGACUAUUUCAAUUCAUCAUCAAGAAGAUCAACAUCAAUCUAAAUAAUGAUGAAGUUAGCCUGGGAGAUUUAUGCAUCGGAGUGCUUGAUAUUGCUGGAUUUGAAAUAUUUGACAUCAAUUCAUUUGAGCAAUUAUGCAUCAACUACACCAACGAAAAGCUUCAACAGUUUUUCAACCACCAUUCAUUCAUAUUGGAGCAAAGUGAAUAUUUGCGAGAGAAUAUUCAGUGGGAGUUUAUAGACUUUGGCAAAGACUUGCAGCCAACUAUUGAUUUAAUCGAAACAAGAAAUCCCAUGGGGAUUUUGAAGUUGCUCGAUGAAGAAUGUAUGAUGCCAAAGUCAUCAGACAAAAUGUUUAUGGAGAAGUUAAGUUCGAAUUUUGCGGGAAAGAAUAAGAAGUUUGCUGAGAACAAGUUCAAGAAUGGCUUCAUUAUUCAACAUUAUGCCGGCAAAGUUGAGUAUAAUGUAGAUAAUUGGCUUCAAAAGAACAAAGAUCCCGUUAGUGAUAAUAUUUUGCAGUUGCUUACAUCAGAGUCUAAGAAUGCGUCCCUUCGAGAAUUAAUCAGUGGUUCACAAUCGGAAAAAGAUGCACUGCCACUGAAACUGCCCUUGAAGAAUCAAAAUGGUUCUAAAAUGAUGCAAACAGUAUCACAAAAGCAUAAAGAACAAUUGAAAGAUUUAAUGGAUCGUUUGGAAACAACGGAACCGCAUUUUGUCAGAUGCAUAUUGCCCAAUUUAGAUAAAAGGGCCAGAAAAUUUGACAAAAACCUUGUGCUUGGCCAAUUGAGGUGUAAUGGUGUUUUGGAAGGGAUCAGAAUCACUCGUGCUGGGUAUCCUAACAAGCUAAUGUUUGACGAAUUUAUCUACCGGUAUUCGAUUAUUUGUGGCGAUGUUCAAUUGACAAAGAAUGUAAAGACCAAUUGCGAGCUUAUAUUGAAAGAGUCAGGAUUAGACCCAGAAACAUUCAAAGUUGGUCUCACCAAAAUCUUUUUUAAAAAUGGAAUACUAGGCAAGUUGGAAACAAUGAGGGAUUUGACACUAAAGUCGAUUCUUACCGAAUUGCAAAAACGAAUCAGAGGAAAUAUGACGAGGGCAAAUAUUCGUCAACAGAUUAAGGAGCUACAAUCGUCGCAAAUUAUUGCCAAGACAAUGAAACUGAUUGAUGAUGCGAGAUCGAAUAAUCCUUGGAUGGCAUUGUUUUAUCAAAUCAAGCCAUUGCUUGAAGAUUCUGUCAAAGUCAUGGACAUGACUGAAGUGCAAAAUAACUUGAAGGAUGCCACUAUUAAGUUAAAGGACUCUGAAAAGUUGAAUAAAGGAUUGGAGAAUGAUAACAUCAAAUUACGCGAUAAUUUAAAGACUUUGGAGGAUGAAAUCAUUGCCAAUAACGAUAUCAUCAAAGACAAGGACAAUCAGAUACAAAAGUUACGUUCUGACAGCAAAGAUUCAAGGAACAAAAUUGAUGGACUAGAGAGCAAUAUUCGAGAAUUGAAAGAAACUAAUCGUGUUUUGUCUGACGACCUGAAGAAAUUAAGCAAUCGCUUGAAAGAGUUGCAUGAUGAUUACGAAGUACGGUCAAAGGAGUUAGCGCUGAGGCAAUCUGAACAUAGUUCAGUCCAAAGCGAGUUGACAAAGUUGAGAGUCCAGCUUGAAAAAGUUGAAUUAGAAAAGUCGAAACACGCGUCGAUGCUAGAUGAAUUGAAAAGCACGCAUAAAAAGCAAUCGACAGAGUCUGAGACAAAGAUUAGAGAAUUGCAGAGUGUGAUUGAAAGCUUACAACUGGAGGCUUCAGCACAUGAGCUGCAGGUACGGGACUUGACGCAAAAGGCAUCUGCUCACAAGGAGCUUAAACUGGCUGGUGAUAGAUACUUGCUGCAAAUAGCUGAAUUGAAGUCAACUAUACUGGAGUUGGAGGCUAGAAAUGUUUCUCAAAAAGAAGAAAUCGAGUCAUUAAAGGUUCAAUUGGGCAGAGAUGAAGUGAAGAAAACCAAAUACGAGGAAAAAAUGGAAGAGGCAAAGGAGAAAGUUCUGGCAUUGAAAUUGCGGGUUGAAAAGAAGUCGCAUGAAAUUGAGCAAUACCAGAAAGAGAUACAGCAAUUAAAGUUGCAAAUUUCAAAAACCCAACGCGAUUUGGAAUCUCUGAAACAAGCUGAGGUCAAAUUGUCACAAAUAAAAUCCAAUGAAGAGCGUAACUUGAAGGAGAUUGAAUCGAUUCAAGCACAAUUGUCUAAAUCUACUUCAAAUCACAAGCAGUUAAGUAAUGACUAUGAGAAACUCAAAUUUGAAUUACAGCAGACACAAAAGGCAAGGGACGAGUACAGCUCGAUGAUUGCCGAGUUGAAUGACAAGUUGCACAGACUUGAGCAGGAUUAUAAAUUAGUAGAACUGGAGAAAGAGAAUCAACCACCAAGUCGGCAAAUGAUGGAAGAGUUUACUCAUAUUAAACUAAAAUUGAAUGAGCAGAAUGCAGCAUUGAGAAAGGAAAAAUUCGAAAACAAGAAAUUGACGGAGGAAUUGGGGUUGAUUAAGGAACGAAUAAUGAAUGGGUCAUUAAUGAGUACAGAUCUCACGCCAAAGAGAAGGUCACUUGCUAUUGGUGAGCGCGUUAAUGGAAGCGUUGACACAUUAAAUAAGGAAAUCAACAACUUGAAGUUCAAAUUGCAACAAGAGCAAAGCAAUUACCAACGAGCAGAGAAUUAUGCCAUCGAGUUGCAAAAGAAAUUGAACAAGGUGCAAUCGAGUCGUGGGUUGAAUAGCUCAACAGAUUAUGAAAAGAAGUUUAAAGAAUCCCAAGGGCGUGUGGCUCAACUUGAGAGUAAAAUUGAAGGUUUCAUAUCUAAUGAGUCGACGAGUAAUGAAAGUUCGCCUAAGAAUAGCCGGACUGUUUCAAGAAGUGAGAGCCUAGGCGGCCAGCUUGCAUUUAGAGGAGUCAAUCCCGACUUUAUCCAAAUUUAUCAAGACAUCAACAAGACUUUAAAAUCUACCCGUGAAGAAUUGGGAACUUCCAAAUCAGAGAUUUUACGGUUGAAGGCUUUGCUUCGAGAGUCAGAAGAUGAAUUGUACCAAGUGAAACAAGAAAAGUUUAAAAGCUCAAUGAAAGAUUUCGAGGAAGAGAUUGCUCUUUUGAAAGUGAAAUAUGACAAUGUUUCUUCGAGGAAUCUGGAUUUGAUCCACGGGUUGGAGUUGUAUAAGAAGCGUUCUGAUGAGUACUUUAGAAAGUUGGAAUUGGCCGAGUCGGCAGUUACUAUUUCCAAAAGACAAGAAGAGCUGGCCAGGAAGGAAAUGAAUGAUUUGCGAAGUCAGUUGAGAUUAGCCAAGGAAGAGGCAAGAACAUCGCAAAUCAUGCUAAAAGAUUGCAAUGCCAAGAUUGAUGGUUUGGAGCAAACGGUUCAAGGCAAUGUGCGCGUAGUGGAUGAAAACAAGAAGCAGAUUAAGCAAUUGGAGGACAAGUUGUCGUACCAUGUCAAGAAUUACGAAAACAGAGAGACGACGGAGAAAUUACGUGAGGAGUUGAGAAACUUGCACAAGGAUUUGAAUUUCAAAACCCAGACCGAAACUACUUUAGUCAAAGAGAACAAGCAACUUCAGUUGGACCUCGAAGAGGCAGUUUUGGUGAAAAAGAAUACUGAAAAGGAGAUGGAAGAGAUGCUGUUGAGAGAGGAAGACUUGGAGAAUAAAAUUGUCAGUUUGACUGAUACUCUGAGACAGCUUGAAAAUGACAAGAUCUUAAAUGAGCGCAAGAUUGCUUCGUUUUCGAAACAGAUUAGUGGGUUGAAGGAAUUGGUUAGUGAGAUUAGUCAAGACAAGGAGAAGUUGAUUGAAGAAAAGGAACAAUUACAAGAUGAGUUAUUCAAAGUGAAUCUCAACUUGGAGAAUCAAACUGUUGCCCUUGAUCAAAGUAAAUCAGAAGUUGCUUUUCUUAAGGGCCAUUUAGAAAAUCAACGUCAAGAUGCCGAGGCAAUAAGGUCUGAAUUGAGUCAAUCGAAAAUGUCAUCAACUUCGGAUUACCGUGACCAGCAAAAGAUUAGAAAUGAUCUAUUGGUAUCCAAUGAGGAAAACUAUUCCUUAAAGAAAGCCAAUGAUGAAUUGAAUGCCAAGGUGCAUAAAUUGGAAGAGAAAUUGUAUAGUAAUGACCAAAUCAAGUAUUUGGAAUCUCGAGCCGAUUCAUUGCAAACAGCUUUAGAUAAUUCCAUACAGGAGAAACAUGAUUCUGACAAAGCAAUUAAAUCAUUAGAGAGAAAGAUUAAACAAUUGGAAGUCACAGUGGAGCAUGAGUCGCAAUUGAGUAAACGUUAUAAUGAUGAAAACUUUGAUUACCAGAACAAAAUCAAUCAUUAUAAAGUUGCAGUUGAUUCAUUAGAUCAAGAAAAUAUUGAAAAGGAUUUGCAAUUGAAAACAAUCGAAGAGCAAAAUAAUCAAUUGAAGGAGUCAAUGUUGAUGUUGCAAAAGGAAAACUUGGAAUUGCGAGAAAGGUUGAACUUGUCUUGA